UUGAGCACAGAAUUACUCAAUUUUUUUGUGAUUAUCACUCAUCUGAUAAACCUUACAAUCAGCAGUUUCUUGAUUUCCUGAACAGUGUGAUUCACCAUGAAGCUGGAGGUGCCAAAAAACUUUGAAGAUGUUGCUGUUGAGUUUUCAAGUGAAGAGUGGAAGAUGUUGAGUGAAAAGGACAAAGAGUUACACAGGGAUGUGAUGGUACAGAACUAUAAGAACAUGAUUUCUUUAGGUUAUAACAUCUCAUUGGAUGAACUUCUGUUACUUCUUAACAAAAAUGAAAUCAUUCCAGCUGCUGAGACUGAAGGAAGAAAAACAGUGCAACAAAAACAACUUCCUGGUAACAGAACCAGCAUGACGAGGAAUGGAGAAAUCAGUGUCAUCCAGAGUCUGCAGUUAUCUUAUGGAAAACUGUGGGAUGCAGAAUGUGACAGAGCCCUGCCUGAUGAGACGUUUAUCACAAGACAAGAGCCAGUGAAGACAGAAACUAGACAUGAUAACUGUAAGCAAAGUAAUGCUGAGGAAAUGCCAUGCAGCUGGCUUAAACAUGGCAACAAUGUAACAUGUUAUAGUAACAGUGUAACUGAUCGUCUAAGUUACAGUGGAGAAAGGCAAAAUAAAACCUCCCCAACACACAAAGAAACACUCAUUAGACAGACUCUGCAUAAAGGUCUUAGGAAUGCCAAAGGUUUUACAGAUAGAAAAACCUUAGCACUGCAGAAGAUCAAUCAUACUGGUCAGAAUCUAUUUACCGCAUGUGAUAUAAGUUUUACACAGAAUAAUGACAUGGCAGUACUUCAGGGUGCCCAGGUUUCUCAAAAUGAUCAUCAGGGUAUCCAUACUAGCCUAAAACCCUAUAAAUGUACCACAUGUGAUAAGAGUUUUGCAUACAAAGCCAAUAUGGUGACUCAUCAGAGGAAAUACUGCGGGAAGAAGCCAUAUAAAUGUUCCAUGUGUGACAAGAGUUUUAUACAUAAGAGUCACAUUGUGAGACAUCAGUAUAUCCAUAGUGAGCAAAAACCAUUUAAAUGUACCAUAUGUGACAGGAGUUUUGUACAGAAGAAUCAAUUGGUGAGACAUCAGUACUCCCACAAUGGGCAGAAACCAUUUAAAUGUACCAUGUGUGACAAGAGUUUUAUAAAGAAGAAUUGGGUGGUGAGACAUCAGUAUACCCACAGUGGGCAGAAGCCAUAUAAAUGCACCAUGUGUGAUAAGAGUUUUAUACAGAAGACUCAGUUGGUGAUACAUCAGUAUUCCCACAGUGGGCAGAAACCAUUUAAAUGUACCAUGUGUGACAAGAGUUUUGUAAAGAAGAAUUCCAUGGUGAGACAUCAGUAUACCCACAGUGGGCUGAAGUGUGCCAUAUGUGGUAAGAGUUUUAAGAACAAGAGUAAUAUGUAUAGGCAUCAGAAUACACACACUGGGCAGAAACCCUACAAAUGUACUAUGUGUGACAAGAGUUUUGCACAGAGGAGUAAUAUGAUAUCUCAUCAAAGAACACACAGUGGACAGAAGCCCUACCAGUGCAGUGUGUGUGACAAAAGGUUUGCAUGGAAAACGGCUAUGGUACUUCAUGAGCAUAUCCACACAGCAGACAAACCGUACAAAUGUGCCAUGUGUGACAAGAGUUUUGCACAGAAGAAUCAGAUGGUAAGUCAUCAGAGUACCCACACUGGACAGAAAAACUACAAAUGUGCAACAUGUGGUAAGAGUUUUAGGAACCGAAAUAGUAUAUAUAGGCAUCAGAAUAUACACAUGGGGCAGAAACCCUACAAAUGUACCAUGUGUGACAAGAGUUUUGCACAGAGGAGUAAUAUGAUACCUCAUCAGAGAACCCAUAGUGGACAGAAGCCUUACAAAUGCAAUGUGUGUGACAAGAGGUUUACACAGAAGAGUCAUAUGAUAUCUCAUCAAAGUACCCACAGUGGUGAGAAGGAGUCCUGAUGGAGAGAUGAAAAGUCAGUAAGCAAAGCAGAGUAGUAGCGCUGAAAUUGAAUUCAUCCUCGAGUCUUGCUGAGUCCCUUCGCGAGGUGGACCCUGUUUUUCACAAAAUCUCACCAA